AUGGAGUCGGUAUUAGAUUUUUCCAAGGAUUUGGAUAUUCAAUUGUUGGACCAGAUUGUCGACACAUUUUAUAAGGGGUCGGGUCCACAACAGAAGCAGGCACAAGAUACGUUGACUAAAUUUCAGGAUCAUCCGGACUCAUGGCAGCGUGCAGAUAAAAUUCUACAGUUUUCGAGUAAUCCACAGACCAAGUUUAUUGGGUUAUCAAUUUUAGAUAAAUUAAUUACCACUAAAUGGAAGAUGCUUCCACGAGACCAUAGGGUUGGGAUCCGGAAUUUUAUAGUAGGGAUGAUUAUUAGUAUGUGUCAGGAUGAUGCUGUAUUUCAGACACAGAAGAACCUUAUUAACAAAUCGGAUUUGACGUUGGUGCAAAUUUUGAAGCAAGAAUGGCCACAGAAUUGGCCUGAUUUUAUUCCUGAGUUAGUUAGUAGCUCCCAGAGUUCAAUCAAUGUAUGCGAAAACAAUAUGGUUAUUUUAAAAUUAUUGUCUGAGGAGGUAUUUGAUUUUUCUACUGAGCAGAUGACUCAGGCGAAGGCAACCCAUUUGAAGAAUUCGAUGUCACAAGAGUUUGAACAAAUUUUUAAGUUAUGCUACCAAGUUUUAGAUUCUGGUUCGUCCACCUCUUUGAUUGUUGCCGCAUUGCAGUCAUUGCUAAGAUAUCUCCAUUGGAUUCCAUAUCGUUACAUCUAUGAUACAGACUUAUUGGCUCUUUUGAGUACUAAAUUUCUAAUGUCUCCAGAUACCCGUGCGGUUACCUUAAAAUGCUUGACCGAGGUGUCUCAGUUGGCAAUUCCAAACGAUGAUAAUAAGAUUAAACAGCAAACUGUUAUGUUCUUUCAGAAUACAUUGCAGCAAAUUGCCACGGAGGUUGUUCCCGUAACUGCCGAUUUGAAGAGCACGUACACUACUGCUAACGGUAAGGAUCAAUCCUUCUUGCAAGAUUUUGCAAUGUUUCUAACGACAUAUUUAGCUCGCCAUCGCCCUAUUUUGGAGUCAGAUGAAUCUUUGAGAGAGUUGUUGUUGACCGCUCAUCAGUAUUUGAUCCAAUUGUCGAAAAUUGAUGAAAGAGAAUUAUUUAAAACCACUCUAGAUUAUUGGCACAACUUAGUUUCCGCUUUGUAUCAAGAGAUUCAAACAGUUCCAUUUAAUGAAAUGAAUCCCCUACUACAACUUUCAAGGCAGAUUACCGCUCCUAGCGGGGGGGCUCCAAACCCUCAGUUUUUGAAGAAGUUUCCAUUGAAGAAACACAUGUAUGAUAAUAUCUGUAAGCAAUUAAGAUGGGUUAUCAUAGAAUCCAUGGUGAGACCAGAAGAGGUGUUGAUUGUUGAAAACGAUGAAGGUGAAAUCGUUAGAGAGUUUGUUAAAGAAUCAGACACUAUCCAAUUGUACAAAUCAGAAAGAGAAGUUUUAGUAUACUUAACCCAUUUAGAUGUCGUUGAUACCGAAGAGAUAAUGUUAGAUAAAUUAGCAAGACAAAUUGAUGGUUCCGAGUGGUCGUGGCACAACAUCAACACUUUGUGCUGGGCUAUUGGUUCUAUUAGUGGGACUAUGAACGAGGAGACUGAAAAACGCUUUGUUGUAACGGUUAUCAAGGACUUAUUAGCGCUAACUGAGCAAAAGCGUGGAAAGGAUAAUAAGGCAGUCGUUGCAUCGAACAUCAUGUAUGUUGUUGGCCAAUAUCCCCGUUUCUUAAAAGCUCAUUGGAAGUUUUUAAAAACCGUUGUUUUAAAACUGUUUGAAUUUAUGCAUGAAACCCAUGAAGGUGUUCAAGACAUGGCUUGUGACACAUUUAUCAAAAUCGUACAAAAAUGUAAGCAUCAUUUUGUAAUUCAACAACCCACAGAGCAAGAACCUUUUAUUCACGCAAUUAUUAGGGAUAUCCAAAAGACUACGGAAGAUUUGCAACCACAACAAGUCCACACUUUCUACAAGGCAUGUGGUGUUAUUAUUUCUGAUGAAAGCAAUGCAGCAGAGAAGGAAAAGUUAUUACGUGAAUUAAUGCAGCUGCCAAAUAUGGCGUGGGAUACCAUAGUUUCCCAGUCAGCGGCUAACCCUGAUUUAUUACUUGACCCAGAAACUGUUAAGAUUAUUGCGAACAUUCUCAAGACCAAUGUUAGCGUUUGCUCCUCCACUGAAGCUGACUUCUACUCACAGUUAGGUCAUAUCUACUAUAACAUGCUGCAAUUAUAUAGAGCUGUGUCCUCUAUGAUCUCAUCUCAAGUAGCCAAGGAAGGUUUGAUCAGUACAAAGACCCCCAAGGUGCGUGGGUUAAGAACUAUUAAGAAGGAAGUCUUGAAGUUGAUUGAAAUUUACAUUUCACACGCCAGAAACUUGGAAGAAGUGGUAAAGGUUUUGGUGCAGCCUUUAUUGAAUGCCGUAUUAGAGGAUUAUAUGAAUAACGUUCCAGAUGCUCGUGAUGCUGAAGUUUUGAACUGUAUGACUACAGUUGUACACAAAGUUGGCCAUAUGAUCCCAGAUGGUGUUAUUUUAAUCUUACAAAGUGUUUUUGAAUGUACUUUGGACAUGAUUAAUAAAGAUUUUACAGAAUAUCCAGAACACCGUGUUGAAUUUUACAAGUUACUGAAAGAAAUAAAUUCCAAAUCAUUCAAUGCUUUAUUGCAAUUACCCCCUGUAGCAUUUAAAUUGUUUGUUGAUGCUAUUUGUUGGGCAUUUAAACAUAACAAUAGGGAUGUUGAAGUGAAUGGUCUACAAAUUGCACUAGAUUUGAUUAAAAAUGUUGACAAGGCUAGCCCAUCACCGUUUUCAAAUGCCUUUUAUGAGAAUUUUUACUUUACUUUUGUUAGUGAAGCCUUCUAUGUCUUAACGGAUUCUGACCAUAAGUCUGGUUUCUCCAAACAAUCGUUAUUGUUAAUGAAAAUGAUUUCUUUAGUACAGGAUAAUAAGAUACCUGUGCCAUUGUACAAAGCAGGAGAAGCACCAGAAGGUACCACCAACCAGGUAUAUCUUGCAAACUACAUGGCUAAUAUGCUAAGCAGUGCAUUCCCUCAUCUCACUCAAGAACAGAUCAGUGGUUUUCUAAAUGCUUUAGUCAAGCAAUACCAGGAUCCAGCCAAGUUUUCAGGGACGCUAAGGGAUUUCUUGGUCCAGAUCAAAGAAUAUGGUGGUGAUCCAACUGACUACUUGUUUGCUGAAGACAAAGAGAAAGCCUUGGCAGAACAAAACAAAUUAGAACAGGAGAGAGCGUCUAAAGUUGGGGGUCUAUUAAAGCCUUCUGAAUUAGAUGAUUAA